AUAAGCGGUCGGCGAUGACGGCGGCGAGCCGAGUUUUACCGCCAGAUUAGCCGAGAGCGCGCGCGAAUUUUCCCACGAUCAGGAAAACGAAUUCCAGAGCCAUGAAGGAUCGUUUCAACUGGAUGUCGCUGGAGCUGAUCCUGCUGAUAGGCGCCGCCGUCGCCUUUCCGGACGGAGCUCCGGCGGACACGUGCGUGAAGCAGCGGGCCAAUCAGCCGAAUCACGGCAAGGCUCGCAGUCAGCCGGCGCACACGAAUCCCUACGAGGUGGUGGCCGAUGCACAGACCUACCAUCCCGGCCAGCAGAUAUCGGUGGUCAUCUAUCCGCGCUCGGAGCAGAGCACCGUCUUCCGGGGUUUCUUCCUGCAGGCGCGCGAUGCCAACUCCAACGAGUGGAUCGGCAAGUGGGUGCAGAGCGAGAACACCAAGACCAUUCCGGAGUGCUCGGCCAUCACGCACUCGGACAACCGGGACAAGCUGGGUGCCAAGCUGAUCUGGAAGGCUCCGGAAAAUAAGCGGGGAUACGUCUACUUCACGGGCACUGUGCUACAGGAGUACGGAACCUUUUGGAGCGACAUUGUGAACGUGGUGCAGCCGGAGCGGCAAUAACUGAAAUUAUGUACUUACUUUCGAGGCAGCUGUACACCGGCAAAUGCCGGGCAAUAAAUCUUAAAAACCCUAAUUAGUCAAAACGAAA